CGUUGACAACUACAUGUUUAGCGCCUGAAAAUUCUAUUUGCAAAUUCAUGACGUCAUUUCAAAAUUCAAUAGCGUCAUCAUUUCAAAAUGGCUGUUGCUUCGCGUAUAUUUGUCUUUGUUGUUGGUGUGCUGAUGUGUUUAGAUAACUUUGUACAUUCGAAGCACAAAAUUGACAGAUGCCUGCCAAAUCCUUGCAAGAACCGAGGAACAUGUUACUUUGAAUCAACAAAGACCAGACAACCAGGACUGAAGUGCAAUUGCCACGGUGCAUAUCGGGGAACAUAUUGUCAAAAAAAAACGCCCGUGUGUUCAGCGCUUAAGUGCGGAAACAUCAAAGCGUGCUUCGCCUCACCCGCGGGAACGCUGUGUUUGUGUGAGGGAACUCCUCCCAUUAAGUACCUUGCAUGUCUCGCAGAUAAGUCUUUGUCGGACUUCGCCCAAGUGGGGGCAAUGGUGACUAGGAAGAUGGCCAACAGUGCACUAAUCGUUAUCAUCCUGGCAGUUAUCUCUGUUGUGUCUGCCAUUGGGUUCGCUCUCUUGUACAGAAAGGCAACCGCCAAGCUACAAGAAUUAGAAAGUAUGUAUCAAGAUGCCGAGGAUCAUGGAUACACUCCGGUUGCACGGCUUCCUACCAUCAGUGAGGCCAUCCAUGACGUAUUAAAGACGACAUUCUGCUGUGCUAAGUCGGCGUUCCCCUCUAGCUGCCGUCCCCUUGAUGUUCCGUUUAGCUGCCACCCCCAUGACCCCAGUCGCAACUGCAAUGCCGUCAAACAAAAAAUGUGGCCAGCACCUUAUAUGGAAAGCAAUGGCUGUCGUUCCUUAACGCAAUCUUCCACGCGAGAUAAUAAGAACAAGAAAUGGAAACGCAGAUAUCAUGUUGCGGACUCGAGCACCGAAACAGCAUACACGCAAUAUGGACGCAGUAUAGCGGUGUGCCAUAGAGACCACACGCACGAUGAUAAAACUCGUCAUGAACAUUUAUAUAGUUCUCCUAACGCAAAUGCUCAGAGAAAACACAAAAGAAACAUGUAUAAAACACGAGUCGAAAAUGCGUGUAACUCAUACCAUACUGAAAACGUAUUUGAAGGAACUAAACACGAUAAACGUAAGUGCACGAAGAAAUACAGUUCUAAUGUUAACAUGAAAAAUGAUUUGGGUGUGGCAAAUAAUUAUUGGAGCUUAGCAGAAAGUUAUUGUUGCAAGAAUAUGCCAUUUUUGAAAUACGGACACACCCAAAAUAUCAAUACAAAAUGUUUUAACACAGGGCGACAACAGCUCGUGGAAGAAAACAUGACACGUCGUGUUCCAUACCAACACAUGAAGCAUAAAGAGACCCCACCAAGAAAGGAUCCAUUAAAACGCGCGAAUAAUAUAGAUGAACGCAAUAACAUCGCAAGAGGCAGUACGGAUAACUCCGGUGUUGUACCUCGCCGAGAGAAGACGCCUAGUGCCACGUUGAAAGAUACGCAUAAUCCAAAUCUGUUGAAAGUAGACGCAAACAAAAGAAAUAAUCCAGACAGUUCUACGCCACUUGGAGGUAUAUGGGUAACAACUGUAACUGCACUGGACGAACGAAGCGAAGAGCAGAUAGUAAUAGAUCUUACUGGUGAUGAUGAUUUUAUGAAUGGAGUCCAAAAUUUCGAGGAUCAUUCGGAACAAUCAGAAGAGUCGGUGUCUAAAACUUUAAACCAAUCGGCAGUAGAUAUUGAUAGGACCAACUGAGGAAUCGGAAACAUUAGAUGCCUAAAAAUUCGAAUGAGAUAGUUAUAAACGAUACUAUUUUUACUAAAUCUGGUAAAUCUGCUCCACACGCCUUCGAUUUCCUUGUGUUUAAAGACGUAAAUUUAAUCGAAAUUAAAGACCCAUACACCGAAAGCUUAAUAUAACAAGUGAAUGAACUCAGUGGCUCAGAGUCCUUAUAUUCCAUGCGUUAUGGAAUUGUUACACAUACAUCAUCUGUGAAAAUACGAGCACCUUGGUUCCAUGUGAUUUGAUUAUACAUGGUAACAAUCUUGAGCAAGCGCGUUUGUCUGAGACGAAGUGAACGAUACAAUAUUUCUCUUCCAAAGUAUUGAUGGUCUGUUGCUUAAACGAAAAGAGGCAGUAUAACUUUACACCGUGUCAGUGCCUUGAUUUGUUAUUGUUCAGUUACACUAAAUUAUUUAAAAUAUAUGACAAAACUCAAGAAAUAAAUUCACGGAACAGU